AUCUGCUGGAAUUUACUCAAGACCCUAACGUCAAAUCAAUAUCUCCAAAUAAGUUUCUGCUUAAAUUAGCUAAAGACAAAUGUUUGGAGUUAAAGUUUAAAUUCAACAUAGGAGAAGCAGAUGGAAAUAACACUUAUGUUAAAGGACUUACAUUCAUCAAUGUUGCUAGUGAAAAAGAACUAGAAAGAAUAGUAACUGUUGAAUUCAACGAUGACCCCAACUUACAUAAACAUCCAAAAGUAACGUUAGUUGGAAAUUAUGAAUCGAAUGGAAUAAAACCUUUAGAAAUGGAAUGGUCCUGGAUGUGGUCAGCUCCACAUAACAUGGACGAGGUUCAUCGAGGAUGGCGAAACUAUUGUUGUUUUGCCGAAUACGAUGCAAAAGAUAAUACUUUCCAAUUAUUGGCAGCCUUCACAUUUUGGGUUGCUGAUAGCCCACGAAGUUACCAUCAUCGAGCGUCAAAAAGCACAGGUUCCCUCGACGGAAUGUCAUUUCUUACAGGAACAUCAUCACUACUUCCAUCUUCUACAUCUACACCAUGGUCUCUCAAUCUUCCACGCAGCGUUCGUCCGUCAAGUCCAGAUACGGUAUAUCUUCCAGUCCCUGGCGUGUCGUCACACACAUCAGGGACCGCUUCCUCAAUUUCAAGUGGAGGCAGACGUUCAUCUGAUGACUUAAUGUUUCAACAUGAACCCGAGGAUGGUCCGUUAUUUCGUGCUACCCUUUCGUCAUAUGAAAAGAAAACAGGUUCAUUAAGACAAUAUAUAAAACGUAUACUUAAGGCAGCAUCUGCGGCUCAUGAAGCCAUGCUGGACAGUAAUGAUGCAGAUGAAGAACUCAUGGCAGCCUUAAGAGCAGCUGCAACUGCGCAUCCUCAAGCAUUUCAACCAGUUUUAGAUAGCUAUUUAGAAGAUGCUGCUAAAAAAAUUGCGACUUUCAGAGAAAGUCUUGCAAAUCAAAUGUCUAUCCUUCUUAUCGAACCUCUACGAAAAAUGUAUGAAAAUGAUAUUAAAGUAGCUGAUAGCAAAAAGAAAGAAUUCGAGGAUGAAUCUCGCGAUUAUUAUCAGUUUUUAUCUAAGUAUUUGUCCAUGAAAGUUGAUUCCGCUAAAGAGAAAAAGAAACUUGAGACUGAUUCAAAAUAUCAAAACAAACGAAAAACUUUUGAAUUGAAGCGAUUCGAUUAUUAUGCAUAUAUGCAAGACUUACAUGGAGGAAGGAAAGAUCAGGAAAUUUU